AUGGCGAUGAGCACGGCAGCGCCGUCCCCGCCUUACGCUUUCGCCUCUGUAGUGCCGAUCAUCGCAUCCCUUGCUGCACUUUACUCAUGGCUGCUCACUAUAGUCAACCAGAUCGUCCCCGGUCCCUACAUGGACGAGAUUUUCCACAUCCCUCAAGCUCAGAAAUACUGCACCGGCCAAUUUCACGAGUGGGACCCCAAGAUCACGACGUUUCCAGGUCUGUACUUGGUCUCGACGCUGUACACGAAUGCGCUUUCCUGGAUGAACAUGGGAGACCAUUUCUGCUCCGUGUCGGUGCUGCGUAGUGUGAACGUGGUGUUUGCACUGGCCAAUGUGGUGCUGUGCGUGCUGCUAAGACGUCACAUAUCGCCGCUCGACCACAACAUCUUGCUCCAUGCCGUGCGCGUUGCAGUGUUCCCGCCGCUGUUUUUCUUUUCGUUCCUCUUUUACACGGAAAGUGGCGCCACGUUUUUCGUGCUGCUGACGGUGUGGCUCGCAGAGAGAGUGGAGUUGUUGCAGCAUCCACCGGCAAGAGGCAGCUUCGUUCUCAGUGCCAUAAGUGGUGCAGUUGCGGUGCUUUUUCGCCAGACGAAUAUUGUAUGGGUCGGGUUUGUGGCUGGCACGGUCGUCGUUCGGUGUGCAGAGCUUGGUCACUCAAAGUUCAUUUACGGAUCAUCGAAGACAGAGUCGAGUGCUAGUAUUCUCUCUCCUGCUACACACAGCUAUUUGAGGAUCUUUAUGAACUUCGUGAGCGUCGCUGUAUCGAAUCUCCCGUCCACUCUUCUCAUUGUCUGGCCAUUUGUCGUGGUCGUGGCGGGUUUUGUCGUUUUCCUGAUGAUGAAUGGCGGCAUCGUUGUGGGAGACAAAUCCAGUCACGAAGUGACUUUCCACGGAGCCCAGGUGCUAUACUUUAUUAUUGUAGCAGCCUCAGGUUUCGGACUUAGUCUUAUCGCACCCACCCAAGUGCGAGCCUUUGCUGCAUCAGCUCGCAGAAACGGCAGCUCCGUCCGCGGUGUCCUGUCCAUUGGCUUCAUCAUUGCAGCGAUUCUUGGAAUCAUCUUCCGCUUCAGCCCCGUGCACAAGUUCAUGCUUGCAGACAAUAGGCAUUACACCUUCUACGUCUGGAGGAAGUUCUUCCUCAAGCACGACUUGGCCAAGUUUUUACCGACACCAUUGUACCUCUACUCGGGAUGGCGCUGCUGGCAUGAGCUAGGGCGGAUGCGCUCACCGCUAUGGGCGCUUGUUUUUGUGUUCGCGACGUGCUUGGUCCUGAUUCCAUCCCCGCUGGUCGAGCCGCGAUACUUUUGCGUUCCCUUCAUGAUCUUCCACUUGAACACGAGCAACCAAGCUGCCUCUCAUCUAUGGGUCGUUCUUGUCGCGUACAUAAUGGUCAACGCACUGACGCUGUACGUGUUUCUGUACCAUCCGUACGACUGGGUUGAUGGAUCUACUGCCCGAUUUAUGUGGUAA